AUGUCGACUACAACUAUAACUACCACUAUCACUGCUACUCCUGCAGAAGUAGCACCAGACUACGUCCCCAGGGGCGCAACAAGCGCCGACCUGACCUUCUAUGCACCACCGGCCGACAACUCCGCACCCUUCAACUACGUCGAAACCCCACCCCCAGGCCAACCGCAACGCAACUACGGCGAAGACACCCAGAAAGUCUCCCUAACCGACAUCCGCGGCACAGAAGACGCCUUCACCCUAGACAAAGACUCCUUCCAAGCCCUCCAAAACAUCCCCUCCGCCACCACAUACACCACCUUCGACUCCGACACCUCCAUCCGCGAAACCUACUACCCCGAAGUCGAAGCCCUCCUCCUCCAGCACAUCCCCAACGCCCACAAAAUCAUCCUCUUCGACCACACAAUCCGCCGCGCAAACCCCAACGCGCCCCGCCAACCCGUCAACCGCGUGCACGUCGACCAAACACCCGCCGCAGCCCUGGACCGCGUAAACCUGCACAUCACCGAUCCCGCCGAGGCAGAAGCACUCGCACAGGGCCGCUACCGCAUCGUCAACGUCUGGCGCCCGCUUAGCGCAGAGCCGGUGCAGUCGUCGCCGUUGGCAUUUGCGUCUGCGGCGUCGGUGGAGGAGUCUGAUUUGGUUGCCAUUCAGCAUCGGUAUCCGGAUCGGAAUGGUGAGACGAUGGGAGUUCAGUUUAAUCCCGCGCAGAAGUGGUUCUAUUGGUCUGGGAUGACUGGCAGUGAGAGGUUGUUCCUCAAGUGUUCGGAUUCGAAGGGGCUCAGGGAUGGGGAUGUUGCGCAGUGGGUGCCGCAUACGGCGUUUACGGAUGUGAGGACGCCUGUUGGGGCGAGACCGAGGGAGAGUAUUGAGGUUCGGGCUUUGGUGUUUGGUUGA